AUGUCGAACGCGACAACGGUGCCACUGCCCUCCUCUCCCCCUCCAGUGACCAAUCUCGUCCCAACAGAACCGCCACGUCCCCACUGGAUCUUCGACUGUCCCAGUUCCACGCUAGCAUGGUGGUUCCCUCUGGCUCUAAGCGGGGGAAUCUACCUUGCCAACAUCAUUCUCCUCUUCGUCCGACACGUCUGGAAGAGAUUUACUCCGCGACAUGAAUCGGUGAACCACGCCUAUCCUAGCAUCUUCGGUGGUGUUGAUCAGAAUCCCUACACCGACACAGAGCACGAAUUUGAAUUCAACGACGACGACUCCGCUGCACUUCGGUUCCAGCAGAAGUCGAGUCAGUGGCUGGAGGACAGUCAAUUAAAUGUCUUCUACGACUACGCACUGACAAGUCCAAUGGUGAAUUUCGACUUGUCAACGCAACUGCCCAUGCAAACAGAGCUGAACGACGUUAGUGACGGGAAAAGAUCGAAUGCCAAGGAGAGCGGCACGACGGGGACGCAGGAGACAACGACUAGCAUCGCGGAAGAGACUGCGGGCAAGCAUCGCGGAGUAACUGAGAAAUUCAAGCCCCUCUGUCGGUACCACAAAACUGAAGGUCACCAUCGUUUGAGGCUGUCCGAGUGUCUCACGGGCGGACGUGGACAAAUUGGUUUAAGAAUUCGGAUCUACUGCGAAAAAAUGACGUCGGUUUCCUACCCAACGGGGCGCUUCAUGCUUGUAGUCUACGUCCUUCUGUGCACAAUAAGUUGGGUGAUCUACAUAAUUGGCACUAUUUACCUCUACAUGAUUGAAACCUUGCCCGAAGUCAUUGAGCUACUUCAAGGUCGACCACCAUUGGUUAUCGAGGGUCUCUGUUUGACGCCUGGACUGAAAAUCUUGAACUACAGUGAUCUAGUCAUCCACUCAUACUUCCUUGUCUAUUUCAUUCUUCGACUAGGUGCAGCUGUGGAAAAGCACAAAUUCCUCUUCAAGAUCACCUCGAUAAUCGACGUGAUCACAAUAUGCGGUGCCUUUGUUGCUGCCUUCCAACCAAGAUAUCACCUCGAUCUUGGAUUUCUGCGAGCGCUGAACAUUUUCAACUUCGGUGAAGUGCUGAGUUACCUGGGUAUCUUAUCGUCCAAUCAUGUCAUUCAAACCGUCGACAUAUUCUUCACAAUGUUUGCAAUGUGGAUGCUGGCAGGUGGAUUAAUUCACUUAAUCGUGCAUAUCGGCGAUUUCUGGAAGCCGGACCACAAAGCAUUAAGUUGGAGUUAUCUGGACUGCUGUUACUUCCUCAUGGUUACCAUGUCAACCGUGGGGUUUGGUGAUUUCUACCCCGUGACCAUACUUGGCCGGCUGUACAUUUGUGUGUUCAUCCCUGUCGCAAUGGGCAUUUUUGCAGUUUUCGUGCCAGAAAUAUUCCGAAAUUUGUCGUCAAGGCGUGCAAAGACGGAAUCUUACCAGGCUCUAGCUGGACACCAACACGUUGUCGUUUGCGGGAACUUCAACAACUUCAGCCUCAACGCAGUUCUUCGGGGCUUCUUCCACAUCGAACACGCGUCACGUCGUCGGCUCGUCAACAUGGUCAUUCUCAGAGUCUCACCCAUUGACCUAGCGAUGCGCGCCAUCUUGACGAAGUACAAUGCCUGGGUCAAGUACUACCAGGGAACGCCUGCAGAUCCGCAGGAUCUGGCCCGAAUCUGUUUGCGCAGCUCUCAGGGUGCGUUGGUUCUCGCGACGCCAAAUUCCAGCAAGAGCAGCGACGAAGACGGCGCUAACAUCAUGCAAGCAAUCGCGUUGAAGGCACACAGCCAACGCAUUCGUGUUCUGGUCCAAUUGCAUCACUUCAAAAAUAAGUGUCUUCUGCACAACUUCCCCCGAUGGACGUGUCGGAACAAGGACAUGGUCAUCUGCAUGGACGAAUUAAAACUGGGUCUUAUGGCACUGAAUUGUCUUGCUCCCGGCUUUUCCACGAUCAUACUUAACCUCCUCAACGGACAUCGGGUCAAAAAUCAAGGGAAGCAGAUGCAAAGAGAGAAGUGGAGACAGAAUUACGAGUACGGUGUAUCCAUGGAGAUUUACGAUGUUAGCCUGAGUUACGAAUUUCACAACCUCAGCGCACAAGAAUUAACACUAUUCGCUUAUGAGAAGUGGGGCAUUGUGCUGUGUGCGCUUUACUGCACAGAACCCGAGAAACCGUGCAUUAUAAUCAAUCCCGCAGGCUAUCGCGACUUAUCGAUCGACGCCCUAACAACCAAGGCCAUUGUCAUAGCAACCAAUUCCACGGUUGUAAAUCGCAUGCGAAAUUACUGCACCACGUGUAAGGCUCACAUAACUGGAGCGACAUGCCAGUGUCCAACUCGGCUUCAAUUCUUCAUUCAGGCUUCAGGACUUAAAAAAGAAAAAGAACGCAAAUUUAGUGACGCCGAAUCUGAGUCCAGACUUGCAGAAGACGAAGAAGAGCAAUCAGUGCACUUUUUGAAUGAUGGCCAAGAUGCACAGGCAAGUCCAACUGCGGGGUCAAAAACGCCAGCCAGCUUCGAUUUUGAAGGCGGCGGCGGAGGCGGCGGCGGCACAGAAUCUCCCGUGAACUGUUUUACUGGAGGGUUUACGGUGGGGAAAAGUCACAAUUCAAAGGCGGAAACCUUCUCGCGGUUCACCGUGGCACCAGCCCAGACGCUCACGAGCAUCAAAAGUGGUCAACUGGUGAGGGGCCUCUUUCGACAGCACUCUACCAAGUCAAAUUCCACCGACUACUUUCUGCCGCCACAUCGGCUGUACAAUCCGAAGUAUGUCGACAGCACGGGCUGUUUUCAUUGGGUGCCUGACAUACCAAUCGAAUCUGUAAAAUUGACCCCAACUGAGGCCAUGAAGUACCAUUUCAAGGAACACUACGUGCUCUGCAUCGUCGGUCCACUAGCGGGUGGGAGCCUGAACCUGAAGAGUUUUGUCAUGCCCCUGCGAUUUCAUUGGAUGGAGGUGCGUGACAUUGUCAUCCUCGGUGAUACAAGUGUCAUUACCGAGGAGGAAUGGGCAAAGAUCAAGAACAUACCACACGUCUUUCUUGUUCAGGGAAGUCCGUGUAGUCUGAAUGAUUUACAUGCUGUUCGACUGAAGCAUUGUUCAGCAUGUACCAUUCUCGGCGAAUCAGCGAAUGAGGAUCAAAUCGACCAAUGCUUGAGGGACAAAAACACCCUAUUCAGUGCCAUGACCAUUCGCUCACUGAUUGAGCAAUCAACCCCGCCUAUCCACAUGACAACAGAACUCCACUACGAACAGAAUGCUCACCACUUCAGUUCAGCAGAAUCGCAUCACCUAGAUUUCAAGCUGCCUCUGCGUUUUCAAGAAUCCUUCGCUAGAGGAAUAAUCUUCAGCAAUACUCUUCUUUACAGCUCCAUCAGUUCUUUAUAUUUCAGUGGGGCGGUUUUUCGGUUCCUGCGUGUUCUCCUCUUUGGAAUAGCCGUUGAAGAUCUGGAAUCGGUGAAUCUCCAACGAAACGGGUUCCAAAGAGGUCAUCCGAACUCCACGACAAGGACAACUGGAGUGAGGGUAGCUCUGCAUAAGAUGUGUGAUCCGCCUUUUCGAACACUUUUCGCCCGACCAGCUAGGCGCACACUCCACUACAAGGACGUGUUCACCCACGCACUGAUGUGUUGGCGCAUUCUCUGCCUUGGCAUCUACCGUUUGGAUCGUCGUGGUUUCCGUGUGGUCAUUACCAAUCCACCAAGAAAUCUCAAGAUCUGCGCUGAUGAUCAAGUCUUCUGCUUCAUUCCAAGUGAAUUUAUCGCACCCAUUGAGGAUCCACAGAGUCCCUAUUCAACGUGCACCACGGAAUCCAACAUUUUCCUUACUAAGACCCCCUACACCACCUAUGCCGGCAUGUCAGCCGUCGAGUUGGCCCGGCAGAGUGCCAGCGUCAUGAGGAACCUUCAGCAGCCCUGA